UAUACUUUUUAUUUGACACAUUCAAAUUUCGACUUCGUAUCUUUCCAGCAUUUUCGAGGAAAUUCGUAGAAAUUUUAGCUGCUCAAAUUUUAUUUUCAAAAACUUUGAAACUAAUUCAAUUUAAAAGAAAUCGAGCAUAAAAUACUUCUAAGCAUACAGAAGAUUGAAAUAAUAUAAAAAGAUGUUGCGAAUGGCAUUAACUGUGCCUUUGAGGCCAACACUACAAAUUAAAUCCGCACUUCAAAACAAUGCUGGCUUUGUUAAGAAACAAUUUGUCCGUGAAUUCUCUCGGGAUUCACGUCCCGGAGUCACUAGAAGUCGUCUACAACAAGGACAAACAUUGAAAGAGAAGUUGAUGGGGCCACCCGGAGAAAAUGCUUACUCCAUUGGUAAAGGGGCUGCUGCAGGUGCCGCAGCUGUAGGCAUGGGUGCACUGUGCUAUUAUGGUGUCGGUCUAGGAAGUCCCACAACCAUCCAACACAAUUCAAUGUUAUGGCCACAGUAUGUAAGAGAGAGGAUUCACACUACCUACGGAUAUUUCGGAGCCUCUGUGGCAUUGACAGCUGCAAGCGCUGUUGCAGUAUUCAGGACACCAAGACUCUUGAACUUGGUAACCCGUAAUGGAUGGAUGUCGAUGGUUGGAACCAUGGCUGUCAUGAUUGGUUCUGGUAUGGCAACACAGGCAAUCCCUUACUCACCUGGUCUAGGUGCAAAACAACUUGCCUGGGCAGCACAUUGUGCCAUCAUUGGUGGUGUAGUGGCUCCACUUUGCUUUUUGGGUGGACCAAUUCUGACGAGGGCUGCUCUCUAUACCGCUGGUAUUGUUGGUGGACUCUCCACUGUGGCAGUUUGUGCACCAAGCGAUAAGUUCCUGUAUAUGGGAGGUCCAUUGGCUAUCGGACUUGGAUUCGUUUUUGCCUCAUCGUUGGCUUCUAUGUGGCUUCCACCCACAACCAUGCUCGGAGCUGGCUUGGCUUCGAUGUCUCUCUACGGAGGACUAGUAUUAUUCAGUGGAUUCUUACUCUAUGAUACACAACGUAUUGUCCGCAAAGCCGAGUCCUAUCCAGCAUUAUUCACAGAGAGGCCAUUUGAUCCAGUUAAUGAAUCCCUAUCAAUUUAUAUGGACACACUGAACAUAUUUAUUCGAAUUGCAUCCAUUUUGGCUGGAGGCGGUCAACGACGGAAGUAAAUUCAAAUUUCCGAGUAAAUGGUCAUAGUGUAAGACUGUGAUGUGUGAUAUUUUAUAAUUGAAUCGAUUAAUCGAAAUUGAAUGAAAUGUAGAAUCAUAGAAAACAAAAUAUAAAACCAAAAAUAAAUUAUUUGUUCAUUGUUCGAUGCUGUA